AUGUCCUCCCCCAAGCAGUCGUUCGAGAACGAGGGCAUCGCCACUGUGUCCAAGACCUACCCUGUUGCAGCUCCCGAUACCGACGCCGAUGCAUCCAAGACCACUUCGGUCCACGAGGGCAAUGACGCCAAGUCUCGCAGCAAUGCUUCACCGUUUGAAGUGCCUGUCGGUCAGGCUGGUGUCGGGGCUGUCUCGCGAAAGCUCAGCUCGCGCCACAUCCAGAUGAUCGGUAUCGGUGGUGGGAUCGGCACUGGUCUGUUUGUCGGUUCCGGUAUCGCGCUUGCCAACGCCGGUCCCGUCGGAGUUCUGCUCGCCUACAUCAUCACGGGUAUGACCAUCUUUGGUGUCAUGGAGGGUCUCGCCGAAAUGUCGUCGUACCUCCCUGUCAGUGGAUCUUUCAUGCAUUUUGCAAGCCGCUUCGUUGAUCCCUCGCUCGGUAUGGCGCUUGGAUGGAAUUACUGGUGGUGCUACGCCAUCGGUUGGGCGUCGGAACUCUCGGCUGCAUCUGCCGUCAUUGGCUACUGGAACGCCGAUAUCAACAUCGCCGCUUGGAUCUCGAUCAUGAUGGUCGUCGGUGCCCUGCUCAACUUUGCCGGUGUCAACAUCUACGGCGAGUCGGAAGUGGUCACCUCCACCAUCAAGCUGCUCGCCUUCAUCAUGCUGAUCAUCUUUGGUCUCGUCAUCGACCUCGGCGGCGGACCCAAGCACGAUCGACUCGGUUUCAGGUACUGGAAGGACCCUGGUGCUUUCAACCAGUAUAAUGGCAUUCAAGGUGCCGAAGGCAGAUUCCUUGGCUUCUUCAGUUCCUUCUUAAAUGCUGCCUUUACCUACGUGGGUACCGAAACGGUGGUUCUUGCUGCAGGAGAGGCCAAGAAUCCCACGACUCAGAUCCCAAAGGCUGCUAAGCGAGUUCUCUACCGCAUCCUAUUCUUCUAUAUCCUCGGCAUUGCCAUCAUGGGCCUGAUUGUGCCAUACAACGACCCCGGUCUCAAGAGCGAGGGCUCGUACACGGGAGCUUCCCCUUGGAUCGUGGCCAUGAACAAUGCUGGCGUACGCGUUCUUCCCCACAUAUUUAACGCGGUUGUGCUGAUUUCAGCUUUUUCAGCAGGUUCUUCGUACGUCUACGUUGCGAGCCGAACGCUGUAUGCGCUGUCACUGGACCGACAAGCGCCCGCUGUGUUUAACCGGGUUGAUCGCCGAGGUAUCCCGUAUGUCGCCGUGCUCCUCUCUUGGCUCGUCGGUGCGCUUUCCUACCUGGGCAUCUCUUCGGGAGGAGGAACCGUCUUCUCCUGGCUCUCUGCGCUCUCGGCUGUGGCUGGCCUGUUCGCGUGGGCUACGUGCUGUUACUCGUACCUUCGAUUCCGCAAAGCGCACGCUUUGCAAGGCUAUGAUCGCUCAGAGCUCCCGUACCGCGCGCGCUUGCAACCGUACGCGAGUUGGUUUAGCAUUAUCGUGUGCGCAAUAGUGAUUCUUUUCUCUGGCUGGAGCGUUUUUCUGACCGGGAACUUCAGCGCCAGCGGGUUCCUGUCGAGCUAUCUCGGCAUCCCGGUCUUCUUCGUCCCCUGGAUCGGCUGGAAGCUUUGGCACAAGACAAAGCUCGUCAAACUCACUGAGGUCGACCUCGACUCCGGCAGAUUGAGCAGAGACGACGAACCUCCAGAGAAGAUUCCUACCACUGUCUGGGGCAAAUUCAUCGCUUGGCUCUUCUAG